CCGCGACAAGACGCGACUCUUCAACACGACUCUUCAACACGACGCUGCACGGGACGAAAGAGAAAAAAAAAGAGUAGAGUAAGAGCGUUUUUGCGCCAACCACGAUAACGGCUACAGCGAUUCUAUCCCCUUCGAUUGCCACCACCAAUCUUCAACACCCACUCCUACGCACCACCAGCUACUCAUCGCAUCACCCCCUCCAACGCGACAGCAAUGUCGCUCUUCGGCGGUCAGCAACAGUCUAGCGGCGGCGGCGGCCUUUUCGGCUCGACCACAACUCAGCCUCAAACAGGUGGACUGUUCGGACAGACGCAGCAACAGCCUCAGCAAUCCGGUGGUCUUUUCGGUCAAACGAAUCAACAGCAGCAGCAAACUGGCGGUUUGUUCGGACAGACAAAUCCGCAGACCGGGGGAGGAGGACUAUUUGGCCAGACUGCACAGCAGCAGCCUCAGCAGUCUGGAGGUGGGCUGUUUGGACAGACUACUACGCAACCUCAACAGUCAGGUGGAGGAUUGUUCGGGCAGACUAUGCAGCAACCUCAGCAGCAGCAGUCCGGUGGAGGCCUAUUUGGACAGUCGAUGCAACAACCUCAGCAGCCGGGAGGACUCUUUGGCCAACAGCAGCCCCAGCAGCAGCAGCAGGGUGGUGGGUUGUUCGGACAACAAAACCAGCAACAGCAAAUGGGUAAUGGUGCUGGUAUGUUUGGUCAGACAACCCAGCAGCCACAGCAACAGACCGGAGGCUUUUUCGGUGGGCAGAAUCAGCAGCAACAAUCGGGAGGAGGAUUUUUUGGCCAGCAGCAGCCCCAGCAACAGCAGGGCGGAGGGCUUUUCGGGCAGUCGCAAUUUGGAGGAGGAGGCAUGUUGGGUGCUACAAACAUGCAGCAGCAGCAGAUGCAGCAGCAGCAACAGCAAGGAUCAAAUGCUACCACCGAGAAGAUCUACCGGGUUAGGUGUUCGUGGGAUGUGACCCACCCCGAUUACGCGUUCAAAUACUACUUCUACAACCACAUCGGCAAGGAACGGGCAGUGGUUUACCAAAAGCCCCCCGGUGACGACACCGAGGCAUGGGAGAAAGCGUGGGCCGAGCGACCCAAUGAUGCCUGCGUACCCGUUCGGGCCAACGGCUUCAAGGACCUUGACCAGCGAGUACAAUCCCAGCAAGGCCAGGUCAAUCAGUUCCGUACAUCGCUACACACAAUCCAGGAGAAGCUCGCUGCGAUCCUGAACCAGCACGAUCUGACCACCAGCAUCAAACUUGAAGACUGCCGACGGAGACACAUGGCACUUGCUCGUCGCGCGCUAUCUCUGGCGGCCAAGGUGCAGGUCCUCAAGAAUCGGGGAUACGCCCUCCAGCCGGAAGAGGAGAUGUUGAAGAAGCGGCUCGAAGGCUUAGCCAAGAAUGUUCAGGAUCCUGCCGCUACGGGAAGGAUGAACGAAAUCUGGGCGCGCAUGAUGGUGGUUCAGGAGAAGGCGCGGGUCAUGGAGGAGAGCAUGGGCAAGGUCGAGAUCGUCUGGGAUGAGAACCAGCUCCAGAUAACCGGAAAGGCAAGUCUUCACGCAGCUCUUCGCAACAACAACUCCGAUGGCCUAGCACACCUGACCAAAGAAGUCCUCGCCAUCGAAAAGUCACUUGCCGAAUGGCAGGAGGCGAACCAGGGUCGUCACGGCUUUCUAUGA